AUGUCCUGCUCCAGCCUGUGCGUGCCCAGCUGCGGGGUGGCCACCCCGGCCCCUCUGGCUGACACCUGCAACGAGCCCUGCGUGCGGCAGUGCCCCGACUCCACGGUGGUGAUCCAGCCCCCGGCCUCGGUGGUCACCUUCCCCGGGCCCAUCCUCAGCUCCUUCCCGCAGCAGAGCAUCGUGGGCUCGGCAGGAGCUCCCUACGUCGGAGGCGGCUUCGGCGGCUCCUCUGGACGCCGUGGGGGCUAUGGGGGCUUUGGGGGCUCCGGGGGCUAUGGGGGCUAUGGAGGAUUUGGGGGUUAUGGAGGCUUCGGGGGCAGCUGCGGCGGUUCCAGGUCCUUCGGGGGCUCCUGCGGGCCCUGCUAA